AAACUUUACACUUGGCACAAUGCAGUCAGGCAAGUACCGUUCUCCUGGCAACUGCCGAACCCAGGCAUGGCCAUUGAAUUAGAACAUGUCUCCACUGCUCUAGAGUGCAGUGGUGACAUGCUUUACACCACUGCAUCUGAUGCUUUGCAUUGCACUUGGAGCUGCUCGGCCAUGGAAACCCAUUCCAUGCAGCUCUCUACACACUGAUAGACUCUGCAGACAGUUGGCGACUAUUGCGCACUGUGCACUUCAGCAUGCUCUGACCCCGCCCUGUCAUUUUACGUGGCCUACCACUUUGUGGCUGUGUUGCAAUUGUUCCCAGUUGGUUCCACUUUGUUAUAAUACCAGUUGACCCUGGAAUAUUUAGUAGCAAGGAAAUUUCACAGAUGGACUUGCUGAACAGUUGGCAACCUAUCACGGUACCACGCUUAAAUUCACUGAGCUCCUGAGAGACCUAUUCUUUCACAAAUGUUUGUAGAAGCAGUCUGCAUGUCUAGGUGCUUAAU